AUGCCGGCAAAAGUCGAAAGUUUACCUCCGGAAAUCUGGCUUUACACCUUCCAAUAUCUUGAAGGACACGAUUUGAUCCGAGCAUUUGCUCAUCUUAAUCUGUUUUUUACUUCAUUGCUGUGCUCCAGUCACUUACGUUUAAACAUACGGAUUAAGCAAAAUGAGUCCAAUCGACGCUUACCAACAUCUCCUUGGUCGAAAAUUCAUCUUAGCCAAAUAUCGUCACUGGCUGCUGGACAACGAAAAGCUAAUUGCCUCAUUCAAUUCCUUCGCUGGAAUGCAGCAUCUCUUCUUGGUUUACGUUCGCUAUCAGUUUACCUACGAAAAUCGAAACUUGAUGAAAAUAUUCAAUUGUUGACGAUCGCACUUCAACAAAUUCCGUCACUCGUUAAUCUUCGAAUCAAAUAUGGCGGAAAGUUCUGUACAAAUUUCGAUUACUUCGAACCAUUAAUGAUGUACAUAUUUAAUAAGAGAUCUCCGAUACAAAACUGUUCCUUUGACUUCAAUGUGCAGCAUGACAAAAUGAAGACGUCAAAGUGGACAAAUAAUCCAUCGUUGAAAUCCUUUCGAAGCAAUCAAACGUCAUGGACGGAUUUGUUCACUCUGCUAUCGUUUACUCCGUGUUUGUGCUUUCUCCAAGCUGAAAUAAGACCAUCCAUUCUUAAACCCGAUGUGGAAAUCGUUCUUCUUCAGCUCACAAAAGCCAAGCUGAUCUUAAACUCUCCACGUUUUGUUCAACUGGAAGCGUUCAAAGCAAUAGCACCAAAUUUGACGUGUCUGGGUUUGGUAGGCUCGUUCAAUUUCAGAGAUAAAAACUAUUUUAAUGAAACACUAUGGCUUCACUUCUUGCACAAUAUUAAAUCCUAUCGAGUAAAUCUGAGUGUGUUCGUUUGGGGAAGUUCACAUAUACGAACUGUGAACAACUACAUUCAAGAUUUGCGGGAAAAACAGUGUUAUCCGAUCGAAAUUGGUGUUGAUGACGAUUGCGAUCCGAAUGAAAUCAUACCAUAUAAAACAGUAAUACUCUGGGUGACUGUCAAAGAUCAUUUCGAAUCGAUUCGAUUGCUACUGAAAACAGGCAUUAUACGUUCUCUGUGUCCCAUUGAAGGCUUUGCAUUGGCUGCUUGUUCUCUAGCGGCGAAUUUCUGUCUAGAUGCACGAAUACAGACAAUGUUCGAAUUCUUAAAGCUCGCUUUAGGAUAUUGCCCAGUGAAACAGCUCGCCAAAGUGUGUAUUUCACCAGCCGUUGUUUAUAACUUUCAGCAGGAAUGUCAUACAUCGGAUUCAAGAAAAAGAGUUUUAUUAAUGUCUCGAUGUUUGGAUUCACGUGUUUUAUAUAAUCUAGCUCUUUUGUAA